AUGGUUCGCGAAGGAAUCGAAUUAUUAAGCGAAUACGUGCCACAAACUUUUCUCUUCACUCUCAUAUUCCUGCUGACCUCCUCGGCGAUUUUUAUGCUGUGUAGUGGAAAAAAGGAUUCGAAUAGACCACCAUCUUCGAAUUCGGAGACUUCUAAGCAUAGCUCACUCCAGAAACCGGUGUUAUCAAAUGCUCCGAAUGAUGUAAUUCCACCAGCACAACCAACAAGAAAUGUUGGCGAGCCAGUCAAACCUCCAACUACAAAUCUUCAAGCUCUCAAGGAAGAAUUGAAAGAAGAAAAAGAGGAUAAAAAAGCGAGUAGUCCACCUCCUCCACCGCCGAAAAAAUCUGAUCGAAAAUCUAUUCACAAAAAAAGAGCGAGUCAGGACAAAGAUGUUAACCUUCAGACCUUGGAGCAACGCUCUGAAAUUUUCACAUCGGAUGUUUCAGAAGGAGGAGAUGACAAGGAGGAAAAUACCGCUAGCAUCAAGAAAAAUUACAGCGUCCUGAACACGGUAUCCAAUAAAGCUUUUACUCAAUUGUCUGCUGCUCCCACUCCACCACUAACACAUUUUUUGCCAGUGGUUAUCCAAGUCAGUGCAGGAACCUUUGAACGUUUUUUUCAAUAUGUCACUGUUAAUCGAAACUUGGUUAUCACUAAAGUUGACCGUUCAUUAAUACAUCAUUUCAUGCCUGGAGAUCAAAUCACCAUUGUGGAUGGAACCGCCCAUUGGACCAUAGAAUCUUUAACGUCAUAUAUGAAAGGAUCAUGGAUUCGUGGAAAACCGGCUGUGGCGAUUACAGUAAUCCGUGUGUGGAAUAUAAACUGCAUUACCAAAGCACAAUACGAUCUCAUCAGUAUGUUGAUUGAAGACCGAGUCCACUACUUUCGGGUGAAAUUGUAUAGCCAUACUCCGAAUUCAGGGAUGGUGCUGUGUUCUGAAAAGAAACGAAUUUUAGUUAAAAGUCUCCGCGCAAAAACUCCAGCCAGCACAGGUUUCAUAGUUGGAGAUCAGAUUCUUGGUGUCAACAAUGAGAUGUAUGAUGUGAAAAAAGAGAAGAUGGGAGCAAUUAAGAAAAAAAUCCGAGAAGCCGUUCAAACCAGUUUCGAAAAAGACGGAUGUGUCGAGGUAAUUGCAUGCCGACUUAUUGGAGCUCGUAGCUCCCCGGUGCCAAGUCUCGACGCUGAGCUGGCUGAAAAGUUUGCUGGAUAUGCUAUUGGUGUGGAGAAAGGAAUUCAUGUUGAGAAGAAGAGAGAUGAGAAUACAAACCUUCCGUUUGAAGCUGAUGCCUUGGAAAUCGCGUUAAGAGAGUUGACAACUUGGCGUUGUUACGAAGGAAGAAACGGAUUCGAAACGCCCAUCUGUGACAAAGGUCCUUCUCUCCUCUCCGACAAGGGAACUCAUCCAGCAACACCGGGAGGACAAAAUGAUCAAACAGCAACAUCAUCACCUGGCACAUCUACACCAUCUUCUUCGAACACUCAAGUCUCUGUUAUGGCCCCAAUCCCUAUUGUUAGAACUACUUCCAAUACGGUCAUGGCUGAGAAGCUAGCGGUUGAGAAACCAACGAAUAAAGGGGAUAAGCCACCAUCUACUCCAAUUGCGCAGACUCCAAGAAAACGCAGCGUUUUCAGAAAAGAAAUAGAGAAUCCCCAAACCCAAGUUACUUUCAAAGAUGCUCCAGAAAUCAACAAAAUCACUUCAGACGUUCCAGAGGAGAAUGAGGUCAAAAAGUGUGAUGCUCGUUCGGGAAUGAUUGCGUACUUCAAGAAUAUUAUGAAGUGA